UGUGACAUAAAGCUAGUGCAUGUGGGAUAAGGUACUUUGUCCCUAACCUCUUGUUAUCUUAUUUUGCAUGGAAUAACUUAAAUUAAAUUCAUUCACUCCCCAAAAAAGUUGAAACUUCAUAUACUAUCAUAAUUUUGUUGGAGAAAUUAUUAAGAAUGGAAGAUGUGAAACUUUUGGGCACAAAAGAAAGUAUAUUUACUCAAAGAAUAAUGUGGGCACUUAAGUUAAAAGGCAUUUGUUAUGAAUUUAUUGAGCAGGAUUUUUCCAGCAGAAGUAGUCCAUUGCUUGUGAAACUUAAUCCAGUUUACAAUAAAGUGCCUGUUAUUGUUCAUGAUGGAAAUUCAUUAGCUGAAUCACUUGUUAUUCUUGAGUAUAUUGAAGAAACAUGGCCACUUAUUAAUCCUUUAUUUCCUGUGGAUCCUUUUGAAAGAGCUUCUGGUCGUUUUUGGGCUCGUUUUGUUGAUGGCAAGUUCUAUGAAGCAGCUAAGAGGGCAUUUUUCUCCUCUGGAGAAACAAAAGCAGAGGGGGUUGAAUCAGUGGUAGAGGGUUUACAUCUUCUUGAAGGACAAAUAAUUGGGAAAAAGUUUUUUGGUGGUGAGAAAAUAGGGUACCUUGACAUUAUAAUUGGUUGGAUUGCUUAUUGGUUCCAAUAUAUUGAAGAAAUUGGUGAAUUCAAAGCAAUGGAUUCAACAAAAUACCCUUGUCUACAUGCAUGGAUCAACAAUUUCAUUCAACUUCCUAUUAUUCAACAAAGUCUUCCUACACCUGAUGUUGUCAAAGCUGUUUUUAGGGGAUUCAAAGAUGCUGCAGCCUUGGCUGGUGCAAAUUGAAAAAGAUUAAGAGGUGUUCGAUACGAUGAAAAUUAUUACUUAUUUUAUUUAAAUUUUGUAUCUAUUAAGUACAUAUAUUUUGAGUAGUACAAGUGUUCGGUUGGUACAAGUCUGGAGUUCUAGCGUUAAACUAAAUUAUGUAGACAAGUUUAUGGAUUCCGAACUCAUAAGCUGAAUAAAUUAAAAUAACUUUUCUGGUGUC